UCACCGUCCCUUUCGUGACCAAUCGCACCAACCGUGCUUCAUUUUCUAAUACAUUUAGGCUCCAGCUCUUUGGCGACCCACCGCUCCUCUUCCUCCCCAACACACUCGUACAAGCUCACAGUUCAGCCCCCUGUGGUGGGCAGGCAGUCUCUCACGUUGGCGCUUUUUGUGCUCGUGUGCACAUUUUACAUUUAUAGGGGGGAAGAAGAUGAGGACCACGAUGGCUCCGGAUAUGAAAACAGCAUUAUUCGUUUUUAUGCACUGGGUGCUCCAGUAUGGUAUGUGCCGUGAUGUGACUCUUCCCAGUGGACCCCUCUUCCGUGUUGCUGGGUUCCGUCUCUCCCUGCCAUGUCACGUGUCCGGAUAUGAAGGCUCGCGUAUCCAAGAAUUCGAGUGGUACCUGUAUAGGGAUGAUGCCGGCGGAAGGCAGAUGGGAGUGGUGUCCACCAGGGACAAAGGUUUCCCGUACGCCCCAUUCCAGGCUAGAGUGAGGAACGGGGAGGUGAGAGUGGAGAGGGAUUCGGGGGACACAGUCCGACUGGUGAUCCAGAGGCUUCGGCCUGAAGACCAGGGGAAAUAUGAGUGUUAUACACCCAGCACAGACAGCACCUAUCAGGGAAAUUACAGCGGGUCAGUUGCUGUUAAAGUGAUUCCAGACUCACUCCAAAUCAGCUAUACUCGCUCCCUAACCAGCCAACCUGUUCCUGAAGGAGCUGAAUUAACUCUGACAUGCUCAUCCAGCAUCCAGUCGGAGCAGCUCACCCAUCUGUCCAUCACGUUCGGAAAGCGGGGUGGAGGAGAGCGUUCCGACAGCGAAGCUGGCAGCGAGGUCAGCACCAUUAGAGAGAUCAUCUCCAUCGACAAGCUUUUGGGGGUUGUUCCAGGACCGUUCUACAAGAAACGCUACGAUGAUGGAGAAAUCACGCUGGAAAAGAGGAAUGGAGAGGGUGGACAGGGGUUGUUCGUGAUGAAGAUGAAGGCGGUGCAGCCCAGUGACGCUGGGUCGUUUUUCUGUGAGGCCUCGCAGUGGAUUCGGGACCCUGAUCGAACGUGGCAAAGGAUUGCUCAGAGGACGCUGGAUAUCGGCAACUUAACCGUUCAGCAACUAGUGGAGUCUCUGGAUGUAGCAUCCUCACCGAGGGGCGAGGUGACUCUUCAGGUGGGUUCCCCUCUCAUCCUGACCUGUGAGGUGUUGGGGCUGGCGUCUGAAGUGAACUCAGGUCUGCUGGUGCAGUGGAUGAAAAGGGGAUCUGUAAGCAGUGAUGUGGUUGGAACCAGGGGAGUAGAGGUUGAAGUGGCUCGAAUGAGCCCGGAUGGUAUUGUAAGCUGGGGAGAUGAUCUCAGCAGAGCCAGUGGUGGCUCUUUGGAGAAAGUGUCAGAGGGCAAGUACUCUUUAAAGCUCUUCUCUGCCCGUCCUGCCGAUUCAGGGGUUUAUCGCUGUGUGGUGAGUGUGUAUGCUGGCAGAAAAAAACCCAGCCCUUCUACGCCUGCAACGCUCACCCAGAGAUCAGAGGGAGUCGCCGUCAACCUGAAGACCAAAGAUGUUUUGGUUUCAGCUGUGGCUCGGCUCUCCCGUGGACCUCUGCUGAAACGAGGCAGCACCAUCACCCUAAUCUGUAACACCACUGUGACAACCACAGGUCCGGUGCAGGUUCAGGUGCAAUGGCUGCGCUGGCCGAUUCCUGAACCAGUCAUCACAAGGAACUCGGGUGGUGUUCCGUUGGACUUGGAAGCUGUGACACAACCUAAGCCCAUUGCCACUCUAAUGUACAAUGGUGUAGCAAAUAUCAACCAUAGUGAGAUCAGCAUUGACCGGCUGUCUGCCAACAGCUACAGACUGAGGAUUCACAUGGCAACGGAGGAGGACCAGGGCUUGUAUGGAUGUCAUGCAGAAGUGUGGGGGCAGGACCCGCAUGGCGGCUGGUACGACACCGGGGCCAGAUCAGUGUCAAAUUUAGUGACUGUUUACCUGUAUGCCAGAGCUGCUGACCUCCUACUCAUCCCUCUGGUGGUUGGCGUCUCAUCGGCCUUGUUUGUCGGCAUCGUCAUUAUUGCAACGGUAACCUGCUGCUUCAUGAAGCGGCUAUCAAGACGGAGAGCUCAGAAAUAAGCAUCCAUGAUGCCACCAGCUUUUUGGGAACUACUUUUUAACUAAAAGAGGUACUGCAGAGAUUACAGGGGCCACCCCACUGCAAAAUGACUUGAAAACUAAAUUAAAGACGUUGACAUCUUUCAUCUUGGAUUAUCUGUGUUUGGAUGUAUAUGUUCACAAUUAAUGCCAAAACAUUUAUUUUUAUUAUUCUCUUAAUGUUUAGUAAUACGUCAUGCACCAAUAGCAGGUUAGAACAAUUGAUUUUUCUGCUUCACUUUGCAAGAGGAGCUAAUACCUGUUUUCAUAUUAUCCUAAACCACAUUUUAGUUAUAUUGUUGUCUAAGUUGUAUGUAAAUGAAAUGAGGGUCUGUAUAGAUUAUUGAACAAGCACGAAGCUGAAAUUCAUGCAGGUUUCAGUGAAUUGACUCUCUCUGUAAAAGAUUAUCAACUGUCACGUGUUACAGGGCCGUGUUACUUAACAGAUCAGAUUUCUUUUGUAUGAUGCUGGACAUGUAGGUCAUCAUAUGUUUACUAUUUAUGCAGAGUUCCAGUGGACAUCUUGUGAAUUUUCCAGUUGCUUCUUGUUCAAACUGCAUGUUUUUGUUUUGAAUACAAAACCCCACAAUGUGUAAAUGUACACGCCUGGCUUCAGGCGCUCACUGACAGUCACAUGAAUGCUGAUGGGAGCUGUUUAGCCUCCAGUUUCUUAAUAUGAGCAGAGAAACUCCGUCUGCAGCCCAGAGCAGCUCUGCAAGUAAACAAAGCGUCUGUCUGUCAGUUAACACAGAGGUUAAUGGAUGGGAACUUUCUCGUGGAAACCAGUUGAGCACCAGUUGUUGCUUCAUUCUGUUGUGAAUUUCCAAAGCAGACUUUUAUGUUUUUAAAAAUUUGACAAAGAUAAAUGAAGAUACCCUCUGCACUAAGCUGAAAUCUGUUCAAACUUGGCUGAGUUUGCCAGUCAAAUUUAUUUAAUGUUAAACAAUGCUUUGAUUAGCAUGCUGCAGCAGGCUGCUCCUUUUAACGUACUUGGACAAAAACGAGUCUGCAAUCUUAAAGCCAAAAAGCCAGUUUCUUGCUCUUUUUCUCUCGUGUGGUUAAUGCUUCUGCCAAGGGACUGAGAUCGAAAACUAAUUUGUUCUUCUGACCAACAGGGUAGCAGUUUUUCUUUUUAAAUUACGUUAUUGCUGUUUAAUAGAUACUGCGGUUUUCCUGAGGUGUCCUGCCAUAUGAUCUGAUAGUUUGGUGAAGUGUCUCCAUCACCCUCAUCCUCAUGUGGUCCAGGAAAGCUUUAGAAAGCUUUUUAUGGCUAUGGCUCCCACUGCUAGCCCACAAAAAUGUGUUGGAGAGAUCCAGUGUGUCUGUGUUUAAUCCAUCCUCCUCUCCCUGUUGAAAAUAACUCCUAAAAAAAAAAAAAAGUGUGGUCGUGUAAGAUUACAUGCAUGGACUUUUAGUCUCUUUCUCUCUGCAGGAGACUGUCUGAAUCUCCAUGUCUUCCUUUACUGGUGUUUCCCAAACUGUGAUUAUAAAUGUUCAAAGACAGUUUGGAGUAAAAUCACAGCUCUGCUUGUUACCUGAGCCACUUUGUUCCAGACUCAAAGCUGAUCUGCUGCCCACAACACUUUGUACACCAAUGGGGAUACCUGUGAACACAGCAGCAGCAGACAGUGCUGUGGGGAUGUAUUUUCAGAUGGGAGUUAGCAAGUAUCUGCGUGUUCAUCUCUAAUCCCCGUUUAUAGCUGCAGCGAAUCCUGCCGCCCUUCCCCCACGCUCCGUGUGGCUGACAUUCGAUUUGUUUUCAAUCUCUGUUCUCCGUGAAGUAUGCCCCUUUGUGAAGAGUUUUUGCACAGCGUGAAAAGAUAUCAAUUCUGCUUUUGUGUGGAAUUUUCCAAAAAAGAAAUUUAGUUUGAACUGUUUACUGAUGCUACGUUCCACUGUUCUUGAAUGCACCCAACUGCCAUUGAAAUAUAUAAACAUAAAAGCAGGUUGCUUUUCACAUUUGUUUCUUAUGGUGCUUUGGCAAACCCGCCAGCUGAUUUACAAACCAAUAAAACAGUCUGGAUUUUCAA